CACAUAUUCAAAGCAAUGAGAUGGAAUUUAAACCGCUAAUAUUUGAACCUCUAAACUAGAAAAGGCAAACUUUAUUCCUCUUGCUUGUAAUGGAAUUAGAUACUAGAGCAAAAGUAAAACAUUCUUCUUGUAUAUAUAUAUAGUGAUUAGUGAUGAUGUGUUUCAGCAUUGCAAUCAGCAAAUUUGCUCUCACUUUUCUUGCAGGCCCUCCUAGGUUAAACAUGCAAGGGGAAAAGGACGAGACGGGGGAGGGGAAGGAGAUCGUCGUGGGCCCGUGGGGAGGAAAUGGAGGGAGUAACUGGGAUGACGGGAGCUUCAAAGGAGUGAGGGAGAUCAAGCUCAUGUACGGCCGUUGCAUCGAUUCAAUACGCAUGGUGUACGACAGGAACGGAAGGCCAGUUCCCGCUGAGAAGCGUGGAGGUGGCGGAGGCAGCAAAACUGCAGAGGUGAAGCUGCAGUUUCCAGAGGAGUAUCUGACGGGCGUAUCGGGGCACUAUGCCCCGGUGGUGCACGGUGGCAGCCCGGUGAUCCGGUCCCUGACGUUGAGGAGCAACCGGAGAACAUUUGGGCCGUUCGGAGUGGAAGAAGGAACGCCGUUCUCUCUCUCGAUGGAAGGAGGACAGAUUGUGGGAUUCAAAGGGAAGUGUGGGUGGUAUGUUGAUGCAAUUGGUUUCCACAUAGCUAAGGUGAAGCCCACCAACAAAGGCGUGCAGAAAGCGCAGCCUAGUUUCUUCAAAAGGCUCACCAGCUCGGUCACCUUCGCAGAUCAGACCAGGGCUAAACCUUCCGCUUAGUUAUUAUGUUCCGCAUUCACUCUACUUACCUGCCAUCUAUUCAAACUAUGUAAUGCUAAUGGACUUUGCAUAAACGAUCUAAACAAACACCUAUGGAUUCACAAA